CGAAAGCUUAAUAUCACGUGUAUUGCUGCACAGUAAAAGCCAUGUUGCUUAACAACUGUGUCAGACAAAAGGGAAAAGUUGUCGUUGUCGUUCGUAGAAAAACAUUCCCCGGCCCGCCUCCUGAAUGAAAAUACUUGAGCCCUAUUUUCCACGCCUUCAAAAACAAGGAAAAUACCAAAAAAUACGAGAUUUUUACCGGAUGGGUGUUUGGUUUCUGCUCGUAACCCAAGAGAAAACGAUGAGCCUUACGUCUGAUAAAAUGCUAGCUGAACACAGUAUUGUCAGAGGCGAUCUGCCCAGGUGAGGUGGUGUGGUGCUGACAGAUAUGGAGGUGGGAAGUCUUCCUGUCGAGCUUUGGCGCCUCAUCCUGGCAUACCUGCCUCUGCCAGAUCUGGGUCGAUGCUGUCUGGUGUGCAGAGCCUGGCGGGAGCUCAUUCUGAGUUUGGAUAGCACACGUUGGCGCCAGCUCUGUCUAGGAUGCCGUGAAUGUCGCCACCCAAAUUGGCCCCGUCGCCCCCACCUGCCCCCGGUUUCCUGGAGAGAGGCUCUGCGUCAGCAUGCUCUUGCCAGCCGUACAUGGACCCAGAAUGGCUCGGACCUCCACUCGUCUGCCUGCCUCCAUCUUUUCCGCCGGAGAAAAGACCGCAGAGUUUGGCAUGCCGGGACCAUAGCAGGAGGUGGCUAUGAGACUCUUAGGGGAGUGCUGGCUGCGGCAGGGCCGUAUGAUAAGGUGGUGCUCCACGCGGGUGUGUAUGAGGAACAGGUGGAGGUGUCCCUCAAGGUGCCUGUGGAGAUUGUUGGAUUGGGCAAGUUGGGGGAUGUGUCGUUGUUGGUUAGCUUUGAUCAACAAUGCCCAACAGCGAGGCUGUGCAAUCUGGUGUUCAUGCCAGCGUGGUUUUCACCGGUGGUUUAUAAGACGUCUUCUGGUCAUGUCCAGUUGGACAACUGUAACUUUGAGGGCUGUCAGCUGCACAUCCGGGGUCCCGGGACAUGUCAGGCUCGUUUCUGCUCAUUUGCCCAGGGCAGCUCAGCCCAUUUUCUGGGGGUGGCCAUCAGUUUAAUGGACAGUUGUGAGUUCUCAGGGGGAGAUUCUGCCUCUGUCACUGUGGAAGGUGCUCCGGUCUCUGAACGCAACUGGGCCUUCAAACACCUGGUCGCCUUGGUCAAGACCUUCACCAUGAUGACUAGUAAUGGGUCAACUGAAAUAUCUAAUCAGGGCGGGAAAGACAGUGUGGGUGCUGGUAGUCAUGUAAACACACCCUUGGAAGGAGUUAACACAAUGGAGGACUGGAAUAAACAGGAAGUAGAUUGGGAAGCAAACUGGGCAAAACAGAAAGGUGGAGGUAGUCUUCUUCCAAGUCAGGAUGGUACAGUGAUUGAGGAGGAUGGCAUGGAAACAUCGAGUGAGUCAAGUGAUGAAGAUGAUGAGCAAGACGGCGAGAAAGGCACAGGCUUAAAACUUUCAUAUGAUCAGCACGGACUAGCGCAUCUCUCCAAAGCAGAUACGCCUGAUUCUUCUGCAUUUCCUGCACUGUUGAGUCUGUCUGCAGAACUGCAGAGGGAUGCAGAGGCGCGGGACUUGGCUGCAUUGGUUCAAGGCUGCCUGCUGCGGCGCUGUCUGCUGCGUGAUGGAAAAGGUGGUGUGCACCUGUGCAAUCACGGUCAAGCUCGACUGGAGGCCAAUGUGUUCAGAGGGCUCAACUAUGCAGUGCGCUGCAUCCAGAAUGCCAAAAUGGUGAUGUUGCGUAAUGAAGUGUGUGGGUGCAAGGCGUCUGGUGUGUUCCUGCGACUCUCUGCUCAAGGUCUCAUUGCUGAGAACAACAUUCAUUCCAAUGGGGAAGCGGGACUAGACAUCCGCAAAGGGGCUAAUCCUAUCAUACUGUGUAAUAGAAUCCACAGUGGCUUGCGUUCUGGGAUUGUUGUCCUGGGCAACGGGAGAGGUUCUAUCCGCAGCAACCAGAUCUACGGCAACAAGGAAGCUGGCGUGUAUAUUCUUUUUAAUGGCAAUCCUGUUGUCAGUGGAAAUCACAUUUUCCAGGGCCUUGCAGCAGGCAUUGCUGUCAACGAGAAUGGAAGAGGACUGAUCACUGAGAAUGUUAUAAGGCAGAACCAGUGGGGUGGUGCUGAUAUCCGUCGAGGAGGUGAUCCAGUCCUCCGCAAUAACUUCAUCUGUUAUGGCUACUCGGAUGGAGUGGUGGUGGGAGAGAGAGGGAGGGGCCUCAUUGAGGGCAACCACAUAUACGGGAACAGAGGCUGUGGGGUGUGGGUAAUGUCAUCUAGUCUACCUCAGCUCAUUGGAAACCAUAUUACCCAUAACCGCAUAUAUGGGCUGGCCGUGUUUUGCCGGAAGGACACGGAGUCUGCUGUGAGCCGAGAGGGCUAUCGCUCUUUACAGGAAAGAGAGAGAGGAGUCGGGGUUGGAGAGAGGGACAGAGGAGGUCCUGAGAACUUCAAUGAGGAAGGAGAACUGAUGGCAUGGGAAAGUGAUAUCGAUAGCGAAGAUGAACGCUUUUCCUCUCGACGGCCAAUCACAGUAGCCCUAGUGGAAAACAACUGCAUUAGUCACAACAGAGCUGUUGGAGUGUAUGUGAAGAGCAGUGAGCCUCUGAACGUGGUGGCCAACAUGGUGAACAGUAACAGAGGAGAUGGCGUGUCUGUCAUUCAGAGCGCUCAGCUGACGCGUUUAGUUGGAAACUGUGUCCUCUGUAAUGGCUGGACAGGAGUGGCCGUGGACCGAGAGUGUCGAGUAGAGCUGCGUGGCAAUGGGGUUUAUGGCAAUAACUGUCACGGUGUCUGCUUCCGGGGCGAUGGGCUGAUUGUGGAAAACGAUGUGGUUGGAAAUAAUGCUGUUGGAAUACGAGUGAUGGACAAUGCAGAUGUUAAAGUAUUGAGGAAUCGUGUUCAGGUGUUGCGGGGUUAUGGGAUUUCUGUAAAGGAGCGGGUCCGAGGUGUGGUUCAGGAGAACCUGGUUUAUCAGAGCCACUCUGCGAGUACUAAAAACCCCAUACGGACAAACAAACAGAACCUGGAGUGUGUUGUACUUAACAACUCUCUGCUCACACCCAGAUCACAAGCGCUUUGGACCUUGGAUAAUCCACCUCCUCGUCCUCACAAUAGUAACCCUUCUAGCGUCACCCCCUCCACACUUCCUGCUCACCUUGCCAUCACCAUGACAAACAGAAUCACUGCCUCUGUAGAAAGUGGUUGCCAUAACAACGGCAGCAUCUUUUGCUCAAUUUUAUGAGGUACAUAUUUCCUGGCUUUAUAGCUCCACAACAUCAGAUGGAUAUUCCUACAAUGUUCCCUCAAUGUGAACCCUGGGUGAAGGAGGACACCGAGGAGGUGAAGGCACUGCUUCAAUGUUGGAUGGAUGAUGAACAAUCAGAUUAAGCCUCAAGCACAUGACGUUAAAAUGAUCAAAAAGCACUUUUUUAAUAUGAUUAACCAAAGGUAGGUUGUUUAGUACAGUGGUUCCCAACCCUGGUCCUGGAGGCACCCCAACACUGCACAUUUUGCAUGUCUCCUUUCUGUGACACACCAAUUUUAGGUCUUGAAUUCUCUACUAAUGAGCUGAUGACCUGAAUCAGGUGUGUUUGAUUAAGGAGACAUACAAAACGUGCAGUGUUGGGGUGCCUCCAGGACCAGGGUUGGGAACCACUGGUUUAGUAGUCCGAUAAUCAAACUUUAAAGGAUUAAGACCACCUUUUUGAUAUACUUGGAUCUGAAAUUAAUCAGUCAACUCACUCUAAAUUGAUCAGUGUUUACGAGCAACUUAUUGGAGUUUGGAUUUUGGCAUCAUGAAAUGGAAACAUUCAGAUAUGCAGUGGCCACUAUGAUAGCGGUUUUACUAUUUUGGAGACUGGGAGCAAGAGUUAUCAUACCCAGAUUAUCAUAAGUUCACAGCUAAACUCGAGCUUUUGAGCCCUGUUAUAAUGUCAAAAAAACCUUAGUAGUAAGAAAAUAACAAGAGACUAAUGAUAAAUUGUAACUUCAAUCAGUUUUCAGGUAGUUAUCCUAAAGUAGUCACAGGGCUUAAAAGUGGUUGGAUUUCUUAAGAGACCUUGGCUAUGUUCAGAAUGGAAUACUAGCUUACUAUUUACUAAACUUUACAAAGUAUAUACACUUUAAAUUGUCUGUUAUUCUUUAAAGAUGAUAAAACUAUAGGUAUAAUACUGAAUCAACAAACACUGUUGUGUAUGACCUCAUUGUAUGUGAGUGGCGACCAGUUGACUUGAAUUUUCAAGGUUAUUUUGCGGUUUAAAAAUGAAUUUUUGUGUAAAAAUGUCAGUCUGAUCAAAUAAGACUAAUACGAUGCUGUAUUUUCUGUUCAUUCAUUAUACUGGAACUUUAAAAGUCAUUGCUUGUAAAUGUUGGAUGAUUCGGUAUGUGAACAUUUGCACACUAUGCGUAGUAUAUACUGCAGGAAUAGUAUGGAAGUAUGCCAUUACGAACAUAGCCCAUCACUAAAAUAAUGGGUCUUGUAAUGUGAUUUAGUCCCAGAACACUAGACCUUAUUUAUCAAAAAGUAGCCAUCUUCUGUUAGAUUUACAGCUGGCUGUUAUUAUUUUUGUAAUGUUCUCAUACCAACUGCUGGUUUGAUUUGUAAAGUGCAAUAUGUAUAAUAAA